UCUGAAAUCUGAAGGGUUGAAGAGAAUGAGCGGAGCAGAGAAGGUGGUGGUGAGCGUCACCGGAGCCUCCGGCUACAUAGCUUCAUGGCUGGUCAAACUGUUGCUGCAACGCGGCUACACUGUCAAGGCUUCAGUUCGUGACCCAAAUGACAAGAAGAAAACAGAACACUUGCUUUCAUUAGAUGGAGCCAAGGAAAGGCUUCAAUUGUUCAAAGCAGAUCUGCUGGAAGAAGGAUCUUUUGAUUCCUUAGUUGAUGGUAGUGUAGCUGUUUUUCAUACAGCAUCCCCAUUUUAUCACAAUCCCAGUGAUCCGCAGGUUGAACUAAUUGACCCUGCUUUGAAGGGAACACUUAAUGUCCUCAGAUCAUGUGUUAAGGUUCCGUCUAUCAAGAGGGUUAUUAUAACUUCCUCUAUGGCAGCAGUUGCAUUCAAUGGAAAGCCUGUCGCUCCUGAUGUAGUAAUUGAUGAGUCCUGGUUUUCAGAUCCAGCUUUCUGUGAAAAAUCAAAGGCUUGGUAUAUGCUGUCAAAGACAUUAGCUGAGGAAGCUGCUUGGAAGUUUGCAAAAGAGAAAGGAAUUGAUAUUGUUACAAUAAAUCCAGGUUUGGUGAUCGGCCCUCUCUUACAGCCAACUCUCAACACAAGUGUGGAGCCAAUUCUGAAACUCAUAAAUGGGACUGAAAAAUUUCCAAACACAACUUAUAGAUUUGUUGAUGUUAGAGAUGUUGCCAACGCACAUAUUCUAGCCUUUGAGAAUCCUUCAGCUAGUGGACGAUAUUGUUUAGUUGGAAGUGUAACACACUGUUCAGAUAUUGUGAAAAUUCUGCGUGAUAUCUUCCCUGCUCUCAGUCUUCCAGAAAAGUCUGCAGAUGAUAAACCUUUCACUCCAACGUAUCAGGUGUCCAAGGAAAGAGCCGAAACUUUGGGAGUCAAGUAUACUGCGCUGGAAGUGACACUAAAGGAUACUGUUGAAAGUUUGAAGGACAAGAAUUUCUUCUAAUUAAACUUAUUCGGAAGUCCGGACAUUGUUAAAGAUUGAUAGUGUAUGUAUUUCUACUUUUGAGGUGUUAUUGUUUAUAAGAUCGUUGCCUUGUGUACUUAUAGCUUGCAGUGAUUAUUUGCAUGGUAAAAUGAAUCAACAACGAGUACAUAUUUUCUUGUACUGUAUUGAACACGUAGGAAAGAUCAAUAAACUCAAGUUUAGUAUCUGUCAGUUGUCAUCCUAUGUAUUUUGUUCAAGGAAUUAUAACUUUAACAUGCAAUCAGUUGUCACGGCAUUGACUUGGAAAUCAAUGUAUUGGAUAACGGUUAUUGAAUAAUUCGGAAAGCGAUUGUUAUGUUUAAAGGGUCCGGUUUAAGGGACAUCAAAUUUGACAUUAAUUUUGACAUUAUUUAUUAGCCAUUAGAUUUUAAAACAAUGAACGGUCUAG